AUGGCGCGGAUAACUCUUCUCUCUGCCGUUGCGGCUCUGCUGCAAGGCAUGACGUCGGCGCAAACGGCUUCGUCUACCGGAGCCGCAUCUGGUCCCGAUCCGACUGCUGUCUCUCUGUGUUCGGUCAGGUCGUCUACGCAGUACUGCUCUGCCGGCACAACCGAAUACCGUGUUGUUGCUACUCCUACAGGCAGCCUACCAAGUGUUUACACUGGCUGUCAUAAGCAUGCGACCGAGCUGUACUGUUUUUACAAUGGCAGCGGCGGCGAGGUCGCAAUCGUUCCCGCCAACGCGGCUGCUACCCCUACCCCUACCACUGCACCUCCUACAGGAACCUCCAGGAGUGCCUCUCCAACAGGGAACCCCACGGCUGUGUCGGACUGCCAUAUGCAUGGUUCCAAUGUGUUCUGUAUGUGGGGUACGACCGAGUACCAGGUUAUGACGAAUAUCCCAGCUACCGCGACUCAAAAUCUCCCACCUACCUUUACCGGCUGCCACGCGCACGGCUCCGACACUUACUGCCUCGGGCCCGGUGGCGCCGAUGUAGAGGUGCGUGCCCAGGGUGCCGAGGCCGGCAACGGCACCAGUAAUGCAGGAGCAGGCGAUGCGAGCGGUUCAAACCGCCACUGCCACUUUCAUGCUGGAGUCGAGCACUGUACAGGUGGCAGCGAAGAAGAGGCUUCCUGUGAAAAGGUCACCAGAGACUACAACAUUCCGCUCCGUGUUGGGCUCUUGUUCGUCAUCAUGGCGACGAGCUGCAUCGGCGUCUACUCUCCCAUCCUGCUGCACAAGGUCUGGCCGAGCAAGACGCACACGACGCUGUUGAUCCUCAAGCAGUUCGGUACCGGCGUCAUCCUUUCGACGGCUUUUGUCCACCUCUACACCCACGCCCAGCUGAUGUUUGGAAACAAGUGCCUCGGCGAGCUUGGGUACGAGGCAACGACUUCUGCCAUUGUUAUGGCUGGUAUUUUCCUCUCGUUCCUGGUUGAAUUCAUUGGCAAGCGCAUAGUCCUCGCUCGCAUGGCCAGGUCUCCAGGUACAGUAUCAAGGCUUUCUCCUGAGACGGUCAGUGUCUUUGUGCUCGAGACGGGCAUCAUCUUCCAUUCCAUCUUGAUUGGUAUCACUCUGGUUGUCGCUGGUGACUCCUUCUUCCUGACUCUAUUCGUCGUUAUCCUUUUCCACCAAAUGUUCGAAGGUAUCGCCCUCGGCUCUCGAAUUGCCGCUCUGGGUGCCCCGUCGCCGCAUGCCGCAGCAGCUGCAGCCGCACCUGGGACCGAUGCAUCACCAAAGACGGACGGAAACUCGGUAUCCGACGUCGACGCACCGCGUACGGCCGCCGCAGCUGCCCCGGAGCCGGUGAGACAACAGGCCUAUUUCUCACUGCCGAGAAAAUUGCUGCUCGCCACGCCGUUCGCACUGAUCACGCCCAUCGGCAUGGCGAUCGGAAUCGGCGUCCUGCAGCACUUCAACGGCAACAACCGGAGCACGCUGCUGGCCAUCGGCACGUUGGACGCCCUCUCGGCGGGUAUCCUCGUCUGGGUCGGCCUGGUGGAGAUGUGGGCCGAGGACUGGAUGGUGGAGGGCGCCGAGAUGCUCUCGACGGGAAUCUUGACAACGGUGCUGGCCGGGUUCGGCUUGGUGUCUGGCGUUGUUAUCAUGAGCGUGCUGGGCAAAUGGGCUUGA